UCUACCAUUCUUCCUUUCAUUUUUUUAUUUUGAUCCUGUGAAAUGCAAUGUUUUUAUCAUUAUCGUGUUAUCAUGUCAUAUCAAUAUCACUUGUUAUCGGAACGCUCAGGAUGGGUGGAUGGAUGUGAAGUAAUUUAUCUUUUAUUUUAAACCGCCUGCUGAUCUUUUUGUUAAUGAAUAUAGAAAACUUCUACUUAAUUUGUGUACGGUGACAAUAAUUGUUCGGCGGUCUUUUAGCAUCUCUAUAGGAGAUUUGUUUACAGUCACCCGAACAGCAGAAAGAUAAUCAAAAGGCACUGUCUCAUGAUAUAUAUUUGCAAUGGCAAGUGCAAAUCACAACGGUCAUCCUGAUGAGAACGGUAAAGGUAUCGCAAGUUUCCAAUACCGUUUGCCAGUUUCAUCUACCUCCUCACCUCGAAACUUAGAAGUUCCCAUUUCGAUUCCUUUCAAUGAGUCAAUACCUGAAUUUGUUUCAAGACUUAUUAGUACCUUUCAGCUUCCAUACCACGUGAAACCAGAUUUACUCAAGUCUCUGAAUGAUUUCAUCGAAUCAAAAACUCUUGAGUUCCAUGAUAAAGAGUCACAAGAAGUGUUGGAGAAGUGUAAUGAUGGUAAAAUAGAUAUUGAAGAGAUCAUUAAAAUUUGGGAGAAAGCAUUCAAAGCUGAAACUCUCCAGUAUGUGAAAAAAGAAGGCACCUCUGACAGCGAAUUAUUUUCGAGUGUCUAUCAUAAACUAGUUCAUUCCGGCUCUGCUUUGGAGACAAUUUUGCAAGUAGAAAAUUCAUAUGCCUUAGCAGUUGCAGAGCUGAUAUCACAACGAGACAUCCAACUAAAAUCUCUUUCAGCUUGGCAAACAGAAGAAAUGUGUCGUGCUGUAGAAGGUGUUGACAUUUAUAGCACGGAAAAAGAUGUAAAUGAUCUGGCUGCAAGUCAUUUUGAAGACCAAAAUCUGGUGCACGGAAAAUGGAAUAGUGAAGUUGAUGCUUUAAAGGAAAGUCAACGGAAAGAUUACAGAGAGUGGUUGAUGAAACUGCUUGAAGAACAAGAAACUGCCUCAUUGUCACACUUCAGUCCGCUGGAGCCCAGCAAAGAUACAGCUCCAAUUUUGGAGGAAAGUUUUACAAUUCAUUUAGGUUCUCAACUAAAACAAAUGCACAACAUAAGGAUCCUAUCGGCAGAUGUUUUCGACUUUUGUGCUAACAAACUAGAUGAAUCUGGUGGCUCAGAAAUUCAACCACAACGUCUUCAGACUUCUCUUGGAUUGUACUCUAACGAUCUUUGCGGACUAGUAUUAUUGUCUGACGCUCAUAUAGGCAGUUUUGCAGGCCCAACCAAAGAAUUCUGUGAUGUAAGCUCCAAGUCAACUGAAUUUCAUUUCGAAGAUACAGAGGAUCAAUUGGAAUCAAUUAGAAAUAGAGUGCGAGAAGCGGUCAGUUGGAGGCAAUCAUUCGCCCAACCAUUACAAAGUGUUGAUACACAGGCCAAGAGAGGAAGCGGCUCAAAAACUUUACAAACUGGCGAUAUAUUCAUCACUCGGCACUCUAAUUUAUCCUCAGUACAUGUUGUAUUUCACAUGGUGGUGGACGAUUCUUUACGCUCCAAUGAUCUGAACUCUAGACAUCCUGUUGUGCUUGGUCUGCGGAACAUUUUAAAAACAGCCUGUUGUUAUGAUGUGACUACUUUAACCAUUCCUCUCCUCCUCAUGCAUGAAAUGACUGAGGAGAUGACCGUUGCAUGGUGCACUAGACGAGCAGAGCUGAUCUUUAAAUGUGUAAAAGGCUUCAUGAUAGAGAUGACCUCUUGGGGAGGCUCGGAUUUAAAAAAUCUGCAAUUCCUAGUGCCCAAAGGUAUAUCAGAGGAAGUGUUUUCAAGUCUUGCUUCAAUGCUGCCCAGUAUUUUUAGAAUCUCAAAUCCACUUGUCUUCAAAGCUAGUUCUAGUGCAUCUUCAAAAUAAAUUCCCUACCAAGAAAAACCUGAA